AUGGAAAACAACACGGCUCUCCCUUCCAAAAACGAGUACCUCGCGAACCAGAUCGACGUCAUCUCCGACUGCAGCAUUUGCCACGAAGGCUUCGACGAUGAGCACCGCCCCGCUCGUCUGAGUGGGCAGAAUAGCUGCCAUCACGUCUUCGGAUCGACUUGCCUCAGGCGGUGGCUCGAGUCUGAUGAGCCGGCUGCUAACAAGUGUCCGAUGUGUCGUAAGAUCCUCUACCAUCAGAACGAAGGCGAAGAGCGCGGAGAUGAAGAGGAGGGUGAAGAUGAGGAGGACGAGGACGAGGAUAUGGAGAGUGUGGGGACCAGUGACGACCAAGGUUCUGAGCAAGAGGACGAGGAGGACAGGACGAGAUCUUCGCGGGAUCCGCGAUCUAUUCCACAGUCUGGACCUCCUCGCGGGCCGAUAUUUUGUCUAGGCUACAGCAAUGAAUAUUGGAAAGACGCCUUACAGCAGCUGCCGCACAAGUACGAUGCAAAAGAACUCACUAAACUGAUAUGGGAAACCGUUUGGGACACCGCGGAGCUGGAUUACAUCUUCGAAGACGAUGUGGAAAUUGCGAUACAUCAUGCCUUACGAAAUAGGCAUAUUCGGCGAGAUAGUCGGAGGAUAGUGCAUCUAUGGUCGAUUAUCUGGUUUCAACAAUGGCCCGGUGUACUGGAAGUUGCUCGAGAUAUGAUUCGGGCGCACUAUAGGAAUCGGGAGUUCGUCGACUUAGGCGAGGAGGAAUUGGACGACUGGGUGCAGAAGAUGUCGCAGGCGCUGGAUUGGCAGACGUGUGAUGAGAAUAACUGCCAGCUUGAUGGCGCGCCGUGUGCAGGCCAUUGGGGAGACGGCCCGUAGGAUAAUGGCCGGGAGUGGGAAAGGCAGGUGGGCCGACGUUCCUGUUCCCUCUGUGAGGAGCAUCUGCCAUCGACGAACAAGAGUUUGG